GUUGAAGCCAUAAAUUUCCGAUUGAAGAGACACGUACAUACUAUGACUGUCUAUCAAGCUAAGGAUUCAAUACACAUAGGCUGCUACUCCGAUAUCCUUGAGCUUAUCUAUGAGCGUUCACCAAAUUCCAUGGUUUAUUGGGACAGGAACGGAAAAGCAAUCACAAAUAAGACAACUAUUAAAGAUGCUAUAACGGAUCGAUAUUCCUGGUUUAAAAUCCAAGCACAGCUGAACGACAGUGGAGUAUAUUCCUGCUCUGUACAUACUCUCAACGUCAAGUUCCGGCCGAUACAAGUUACAUCAGUAAUGGUAAAGACUGAGUCAGCCUAUACUUUUGUCGGAUUUAAAGGAGAGUUGUUCACAUUCCGCAGCAAUAAUGAAGUUCUGGCUUUUUUAUAUGAUAACCUCGAGUUGACAUGGCUUCAUAAUGGGAUACCCUCCGAAAAGUAUACUGAAAUAUACUUACCGUUGGUUAACACAAAAGAAAUCGCACUUGAUAUGGAUGACACAGGUGAAUGGGAAUGUACUAUUAGACAUAAAAUAUUUAAUAUGAAAUGGCAUACGAAUUGGGUCAAGAUCAAAGUGAAAUACAGGAAUGAAUUCGUGAAAUAUCUGAUGGAUGAUAACCAGUAUACUAAACAUGUAUUUAAGGACUUUGAACCACUAUACGUAGAAAUAUCGUUUGCGAUACUGGUCAUACUUGUGGCAAUUCUUAGCUUCGGAGCUGCCGGCUUACUAUCCUAUUGUCAACGAAUUUUAAGGAGACAAUGGAAAGAUUUGUUCAGAGUGAUUCAUGAUAAGUUAAGGGGCGAAAGCUCUUACCAAGGGCAUAUACCACACACAAGCAGUGAAAGUAAUUCUCAACAAGUAUCUGAUUUUUCAAUAAGUUCUUCGAUGUCGAGUGGGGACAAAAGGUAUAUACAAAAAGAAGAAGAACCUACAAUAUACUAUUUAACCGACGAAGAUGUCACUGUUACUGAUUCGACAGAUAAUUUGGGUUUAAAAAGAACAGUAAAAAGGCGCAAAAUACUUCGUGAUGUUGCCCAUUCAAAAAAACAUCCUAGAUCAUAUGGUGCUAAGAGAGAGGAAAGUCACAAGAACUCGAAUGUCCGGCGAGAACGAGUGUUAACGUUGAGACGAGAACAGAAAGCCAGAAGAGAGCAAAUGUCAGAAAGUUCAUCUGAUUCAUACAAUUCCAUUUAUACUUACGAACCAGAUCCUUACAAUAAUUACCAUCUGACACUUGACCUUUUAAAUUACCAUCAAAGAGCUAAAAAAGCACUUGGCAUAAUAUCUCCUGAAGCCUCAACUCACGAUAUUCAAGGUGGAAAAAAUAAAAAAAGAGAUUUACAUAUGAACUCGGACGAAACCAGCUUACAACUUCUGGAGAAACAGUUGGCAAAAAAUGAAAAAGUAAAUAAGGAGGAAGAAAAUCCGUACAUAAAUUUUGCCGGUAAAAGUCAGUUCCAUACAGAUCGUCACGUUCAUAAAAAAAGAGGGGUAUAUUGGAGAAAACUUGCAGAUUAUAAUACAGAUGAUUCAGAAUAUUCUUUUGAUUCAGAUUCAUAUUAUUCAGUCGAUAUGGAUUCGCUUGUACUGGCUUCAACUGAUUCAGAAAUAAGUGAUGCAGAAAUAUUUUGAUUGAAAUGAAGAAGAAAUUCAAACUAUUUAUGGUUACAAUUUUUAGGGAGCAUGUCAUUUAUAAUUUUUUAUUUCAAAUAAUAAUAUUAUUUUUUCAUAUUAAUAAAGUUACAUGAUUCGUU